AUGAAUAAAAACGACGAAAAUAUAACAAGAUGGUUGGAAGAAGAGAUGUCGGAUGAAGAGGAGACCCAUGAAGAAGAUUGCAGCGACUUGGACUCCGUUUGUUCGGACAAUCCCGUGCCUACAGAAGACUGCGAGUCUGAUGACUGCUUGGGUAUUUCAUCUUCAGAGGAAAUCGACGAAGAUCAGGUGAGAAUAGAUUUUUGUCUUCACAGCUAG